AUGGGGUUCAUCGGCGACCAGGUGGAGGCGAUCCGCUCGAUGCAGGUCCGCCAGGUGCUCGCGCAGAUCAUCAGCCUCGGUAUGAUUGUUACGUCGGCAUUGAUCAUAUGGAAGGGGUUGAUGGUUGCGACUGGGAGUGAGUCCCCGGUGGUCGUAGUUCUUUCUGGUAGCAUGGAGCCUGGCUUCAAAAGGGGUGAUAUCCUGUUUUUGCGCAUGAGUAAAGAACCCAUCCGUACUGGAGAAAUAGUUGUUUUUAAUGUUGAUGGCCGUGAAAUUCCAAUUGUUCACCGUGUGAUUAAGGUUCAUGAACGCCAGGAAAGUGCUGAAGUUGACAUCCUCACAAAAGGUGACAACAAUUUUGGGGAUGACCGACUGCUGUACGCGCACGGUCAGCUGUGGCUUCAGCAGCACCACAUCAUGGGGCGGGCUGUAGGCUAUCUUCCAUACGUUGGGUGGGUUACCAUUGUGAUGACUGAGAAGCCGAUCAUCAAGUACCUUCUGAUUGGCGCACUGGGCCUGCUGGUGAUAACUAACCGACACCACUUCGACGUUCGUGUCUUCCUAGUGUGGCCAGUGUUGGCUCUGUGGAGGAUAUGGGAGCGGAGCUAUAUGGUUGUCUCCUCGGGGCAGUUUGCUGUGGUCGUAGCUCCAGUGUUACAGAUCAUGCAUGAGCUUCUGGAGCUAUGCCUGAGCUCUGCUUUGCCUCUGUCAAUCGAGCAUAUGAAGGUGGACUCCAGAAUUUCUGCAGCAUCAUUCUGCGCGCCCGUCUGCCGUCUGAUUGAAAUCAUGCGGCCAGAUCACGAGCCAAGUGACGUGUCCGACGAAAGGAAGGCCAACUUGAAGAGAUGGGGCCCGCUCGGGGUGGGCGAUAUUGCAUUUUCACAUAAAUAUUCUACCCACAGCGCAGGCACCUCGCGGUGCAGCAGCCGGAGUGCCGGACCCACACGUCGGUCUCAGCCCGAGCAGCGUGGAGCGGGAAUCGGUGUCAGCAAACGAGCACGCUUCUCUCAGGCCGUUCGUCGUAGAGCCAGUGCCUCUUUUACUGUCAGGUUUUUCUGGUGCACUAAGCGGAACAUAUUUGUAGCAAUAUCCUUUAGGAGCUUGUCCCAGCAGCCAUUUUUCAUUCCAAAAACGAGCUAUGAAACCAUCACCGAGAGUAAUUGUGGUGCAAGCAGCAAACAACUGCCUAUCGAUUUUGUCGAAGGGUACCGCUGUCCCUUUCCAAGUUUUGUCCUCCUCUUGCCAUUGGUUCCACAACCAUCUUAG